ACUGGGUUCCCCGGGGUUGGCCGCCGAGUUAUCGCCGGUUGCCUGCGGAGAUGCCUGGGAAGAAGGCGCGUAAGAACGCGCAGCCUAGCCCGACGCGGGCCCCGGCAGAGGCUGAAAUUGAGUGUGCCCUUCAAUUAAGGAGAAUUGGAGACAAGCUGAGUUUCCUGCAGAAACUUCUGAACCUGAUGUACAAACUCUUCGGCUCAGGAACCUGACUGCUUCAGAAGCCUUCUAAUGAGGCGACUCCUAUAAAGCUGGAUUUACCGUAUUUCAUCCAUUAGUGGCGAGAGACUGCAUUAUAAUGGAGAAGAAUGUGAAGAAGCUCUCACUUGCUUUGGGAUGUGCUUGGAAAUGAAGAUGGAAUACAUCACAAUGAAAUUCUGUUGGAGGUUUCCCAGAAGUCAUUUGUUUAUUUAAUGCAAGAAUUGAAGAGCUUUGAAAAUAUGGAAUGAAUUAUUAAACUUCUUUUGUUUCUGUUUAGAGAAUUUUUCUAGUAUUUUUGUUGAAGGUUGAUGCCCAGCCUAGUGUAAGAAGAGUUGAUAAAUAACUAGAAUGUUUUGGCAGGGGCCAAAAACAGAAUAUGUUCAGUGUUUAUUUCUACUUAGGGAUGACAAUUCCAGAACAAUGUAUAAUAUUUGUUUUAUAUAUGUUAUCUUGUUAAAAGUAAAUAUUUCAUUCUGAGAACACUGAAUGUUAUAGUGAACGUUGAUUUCAUAGGUCACUACAAAAUAUAAAAUAAUUUGAUAAUUUUUUUUUUACUUAAAAUGUAUUACUUCUGUUCAGAUGACUUUUCAUUAAAUGUGUUCCUGUGGGCCUUAACUGGGCAGUAUGGAAUUUGAAAAAAUUUGAUCAAAUUUAGUGCCAGUAAAAUUCCUAGGUUGAAUGUUAAAAGAUGAAGAGCAUAGGGAUUUUGGAUAACCAGGG